AAAUAGGUGAUAGUGAUACUGAUACAAUUUGAUGUCAGCCCACACUAGCAGCCUGGCAUUUGCAGAUGUUACUAGUUGAGAUCAGUCCCCUUGAAGAGCAAUGGGGUGCGCGGCUUCUGUCUACCAGGUUGGAAAAAAGAAGAAAAAGAAGGGCAUCAUCCCUGAGGUCAGCAUAUUUGUCCCCUCAAUGCGUGUUCCUGCUCAAUGUGAUCUACAGAGGACGCUAAAGGGUCUCAUUCCUAAGGAUCUUGCUGAUAAAUUAACUUUUAUAAGGAACCAGAUUCUGCUCAUCGCGCAAGAUACAGAUGUGUCUGCUAUUGAUGAAUUACAAAAAGCACUCGAGGAGUAUUUGUCUCUUCUUGUUGGCCUUACUAGAAAAGAAUUCGGGCUUCAAGAAUUGACUGGAUUUAAGUGGAAAAACUUGGAAGAUGGGCAAGAGCAGGAAACCUCUGUAGCAAACUCCUGGUUUGAAUUACUGUCUGUCCUCCACAUGAUGGCUAUGUUAACAUUAGUAGAGGCAAAUAUGAAGUUGAUACCAAAAGACAUCGCUAUGACUGAACGGGCUGUGUCCGGAGAUUGCAUGAGGGAUACUGUUGAUUUGCUGCUGAAAGCAUCAGGUUAUUUGGAUUUCUGUGUCCAAGAUGUUCUUGUCCACCUACCACCUGAUAUCAAGAACAAGUUGCCUAAAGAUCUGCAUCAGGGUAUUCUCGAAGCCACCUCAAAUCAAGCACUAGCACAGGGAACUGAAAUUCAAUUAGGUUUGGCUCUUGAAAGUCAGAAUGCUACUUUAUCAGUGAAGAGGAGGCUGGCAUGUGAAGCAGUAAGCUACUAUGCACAGACUCUUUGCUUCUUGUCUGGAGACAAUAAUUUCCACGGAACAGCGAAAAAGCAUCUGUUGUUCAUCAAAUGGAAAUAUCUUGAAGCAAAGGCUGCAGCUUACUACUACCACGGUAUAAUCAUUGACAAGGGCACAGAACCUUCCUGCCACGUUAGUGCAGUAUGCUGUUUCCUCGCAGCAGAAGAACUACUUACCGAGAGCAAAAAAGCCUCCUUAAGUUUCUGCCUUGCAGAACCUGUCACCAGAACUCCUCCAGCAUGGGGUGUUAUGAAACAUUUAAACAAAAAAGUGCCGGAAACUGCUGCCAAGAAGUCCCAAAUGUAUGGCUACCUUUUGGACCAAGAAAAAGAUCUUCGAGUACUGCCUGAUCUUCCAGAAUUCCAGUUGUCACUCAAACCUGAAGACUACACAUUGCCAGAAGCAGAUUCAACAUGGGAUAUACCUGGACAAAGCCUCAAAGAACAUCUAAAAGAUGGGGAGGAAACUGACUAA